AGCUGGUCGGGGUUCUGUGCAGCUUGGAGGUCAUCAAUCUGGGCAACUUCGUCUUCGCCGUUGUAUGGCUCUGGCUCUUCUGGGUCAUAUUCGGGCUCCUCAUCCUCGUAUGCUGGGGAGUUUCUGUGCCAUUGUGUUAGUAAUGAAGGGUCAAUCGCGAUCGCGCUGCCGGUGGCUGGCAGAACGCGACCUCAUUAGUCCCCCAUGUGCACUUACCCUCCUCCGCCGUAAUCAUCUCCAGCGUCAGACAUAUUGCAACAGUUUGAGCGCUUUUGAUUUGAGAGGAUGUAAUUGUAGAGUUCGGAGAGCAGUCGUGGAGAGUGGCAGUUGUUGAUGGGGCUCUUCCGCACUCAAAGAAUUUACGCUCCUCAGCAAGAUACCUUAGCUUGGCGCCAAAAUUUAAGGUUUGCGACAAGAACUUGGCUCACCGCCUUCCUUCAUUGUCCCAAAAUAUUCUGUCACCUCCACAACCACUCGGUGCCAACCGCAAAAUUAUGUCAACUUUGUCGGACAGAGUUUUGGUCAUGACAACAACACUUUUGCUGUAGACCAAAUUUAUGGAGGGCAGCAUAAUGGAAGUCAGCGGUGCUAAACGAAAGGCCACCCGCACUCUACGUGGCACGUCAAAAAGAGCAAAGAUCGAGUCGUCUGCUAUUGAUCCUGCAUUUUUCAGUUCUGAUAGCGACGGCGAUGACAAUUAUUCGGACCAUGGCGAAUCCGAUGACUCUCAUGAUGAGGAUCCCGAGCCUACAGAGACUCCACAGACUCCGUUCUCCCCACGGCGACGAAAAUUCCCAUCAGAACUAAAGACCAUAAAAUGCACCUAUGAAGGUUGCACAAAGACGUUCAACAGGCCCGUUCGCCUGGCAUCUCAUCUCCGAUCACAUACGAAUGAACGUCCAUUUGCAUGCACAUAUCCAGACUGCGAUAAAGCGUAUAUCGAAGAAAAACACUUGAAGCAGCAUAUCAAGGGAUCUCACACGCACGAAAGGAACCACCACUGUGACUGGGAAGGCUGCACAAAAAGUUUUUUAACGGCUACACGACUUCGAAGACACCAGGCGGCUCACGGAGGACACGAACGCUUUCGCUGCACGGAAUAUCCGCCGUGCACCAAGACUUUCCGGAAGCAUCAAACCUUACAACGUCAUAUUCGAUCAGACCACCUAAAACUGACCCCAUUCCCAUGCACAUUUAUCGAUCCAACCACGAAUCUCCAAUGCACGGCAGGAUACGAUUCAGCCGGAGCUCUAAGAAAACACGAAGACCGCCUCCACGGUGCUCUCCGAUUCUGGUGCGACGUCUGCACCUCAGAAGGUGCAUCGCAGCCAGCCGGCUUCCCCACAAACACCCAACUAGCCAACCACAUCCGCAACGAGCACGCAAACUGUAUUUUCUGCGACCUGCGAUGCUCCUCUGAGCGCGAACUACAACGCCACAUCGAGACCUUCCACGCCGCAAUCUCCUCCUCUCCCGCACGGAAACAGAUCCCAUGCACCUACCCCGGCUGCGACAAAUCGUUCACCAAGAAAUACAACCUCGACGUCCACGUGCGCACCUCGCACGAAGGGCAGCGUUUCAUCUGCGGGCAAACGGAUUUCAGCAAGUCCGCUAAGCUUCGAGCGUGGGAUGGCUCGGACGCCUGUGGGAAGGAUUUCGUCUCCAAGGUCAACCUCGAAGACCACAUUCGCACCCAGCAUCUCGGUCUGCCAAGCACAGUCAACGCGCGCCGCGUCAAGAAAAAUAGCAUUGGUGCCAAGCCACGGAAAGCGAAAGCCGUCAUGGACGACGCAGUCAAUGCCCUAACCGGAACGAACUACGCGCAAGACCCCGUCCGCAACAUCCCCUGCGACGUUGGGGGGUGCGACUGGAUGUUCUCCCGGGAUUACGAUCUCAUCCAGCACAAACGGGUGAAACACGGCGUAGUUCCCGUUUUCGAGACGAAGCCCGAGAUGCUGCAGCCGCAUUACGGGGGUAUGAUGGAGGCGCCGGUGCCGGUGUAUAAUGGGCCUCCGCAUAUUAGCGAUGAUAGGGGGCAUUGUGAGCGCCUUAGCUGCCCGCAUUGGGAUCAUGUGGUCUUAUAUGAUGAUCAUUAUGGCCUUGAUGGAUUUAUGGGGGAGGAGGGAGAAGCUGAUAUGGGGCUUCAGGGGAGGUUGGAGUAUCCAGAGCCGCCGGACUAUAUGAGUGGCAAGGCGUAUGAUCUAGAGAUUUAGAUGGGGGCGCGUAAAAGUUUAUGUGGGGGGAUUCGCAAGUGCUGCGUCUCUCAUCAUUUCUGAACUUUGAUUUCAAUCACUUCGAGCAACGUACUAUUACAACCCGUGCUGCUCAGCCGAGCAAGUCCGCCCCUAUAUCAGUGGCCAAGGCAUACUUUGUACACUACCUGAUCCCAUAUAUGCAACCCCCCUAAACUUCAAAGAAGACACCAAAACACCAUCCCCUUCCCACCUCCUCCCGAACCCGCACAGCAAGCCAGCCGUGACGUAUAUGCAGCCCUAACCCAAACGACCCCGAGCAACUAUCAUCAGUGCUGUACAACCCCUCCUCUCGCCACCCAGCCCAGGUAGCUACAACUAGCAGCCACCACCGCCCUCAGAGCACAAGGCACAAGUGCAUCUACUCCCUCACCCCCAUCAAACUCAACAAGCCAUCCGCCGCUCGCCCCUUAACUCCACUACUAGUUAAC